GCGGAAAACACACUCCUCGGCAACAGCUGGUCCGACGGCUGGGAUGAAUGGAUGUUGGAAGGGCGAAUGGAUGGUGGCGACGUCGUGAAGAGCACCAUAUGAGGUGGCAGUGUAAUUAUGUGGAAGUGCAGCCUGAGGAGUGGAGACUUUGGAAGUUUAGAUGCCUUUCUAGUUUUGUUUUGUUCAGGUGUAAUUUUCUACAGGAGGGGGUGGGAGAUUGUGGGAAAGGACUGAGUAGAGACGACGAAGGGGGUUGGGAGGUGUUAGAGGGAGGAAAGCAGGGUGCAUUGCGUGGAGAGAGUUUGCGAGUUGACGAGGAGGAGCUGUCGUUUGCAGUCAAAUGACUGACCAGUGCUGCCCCGGUUGAGAAUAUGAUGAUGGGUAUGGGCUGACACGGAGAGAGUGGAAUCGAGCAAGGUGAACUGGUCGUCCUUGGCCCUCGGAGGGAUUAUCUGAUUCUGCGUAUUGCAAGGAAUCGAGGGAAACCAGGAUGGCUUUUGCGGGGUUCAGGAAGUGGUUCAGCAAGAGACCGCCAGAUGGACUCUUUGAAGUCACAGACCGAGUCUAUGUGUUCGACUCGUGUUUCUCCCUCGACCCCUACGCGGAUGAUACCUACAAAUUCUACAUCCGGCAGAUUACGACACAGCUACAUGAGCAAUUCCCGGGGGCGUCCUUCAUCGUAUUCAACUUCAGGGAGGGGGAGAAAAAGAGUGCACUCACGGAGAUGCUAUCGCUCUAUGACAUGACGGUCAUGGAUUACCCUCGCCACUACGAAGGGUGCCCCAUAUUGUCGAUGGAAAUGAUCCACCAUUUCCUCCAGACGACGGAGAGCUGGCUCAAUCUGGAAGGCUCACAGAAUGUGGUCCUGCUCAAUUGUGAAAGGAGCGGAUGGCCUCUCCUUGCCUUCAUGAUCUCGUGCCUUCUAAUCUACAAGAAGGAGUCGACGGAUGAGGCUCGGACGCUGGACGCGAUCCACAAGAUAUCGAAGGACCUUCUCUCGCGCGUCACUCCUUUGAAUCCGAUUCCGUCGCAGCAGCGCUACCUACAAUACAUAGCUCGCCGCAACAGCAGUGGCACAGAAUGGCCGCCUCCCGAUAGGCUGCUCAUGCUCGAUUGCCUGAUGCUCCGGACAGUACCUAGCUUUGACACAGAGGGAGGAUGUAGGCCCGUGGUGAGGCUGUAUGGAAGGGACCCCCGAUCGAAGGGAAACAAGACGACGGAGCUUCUUCAUGGGCAGAGGAAGUCCAAAGUUGUACGAUAUUACCGGAAAGUUGAUUGUGAUGUUGUCAAGGUGGAUGUGCAGUGUCUUAUACAUGGUGAUGUCGUCCUGGAGUGCAUCCACGUGGAGCCGUCUAUGGAUCCAUAUCGAGAAGAGUUGAUGUUUCGGUGCAUGUUUAACACAGCCUUCAUCCGGUCCAACAUCCUCAUUUUGCAAAGGGAUGACAUCGAUGUUUUGUGGAAUACAAAGGAUAAGUUCACAAAGGACUUCAGAGGAGAGGUCCUCUUCUGCGAGGGUGGGAUUCCUCCAGCGAGUGAGCCGCAGACAUUGCUAGGGGGGGAGAAGGAGGGGUUGCCAGAAGAGGCUUUCAAUAUCCAGGAUUUUUUGAAUGGGGAUUUCCAGUUCGGGGAUGGGGGCGCAGGGCUUGGUGUCAAGUCAGCACUGCCAUUCCCGCUCUUCCGCCGGCUGUCUGGUGUCGGGCUGGAAAGGGAGAUGUUGGAGAAAUUUGAAAAGUAUCUGACGGAAAUGAGCAAUGACGGAGCAGACAAGCCAAGGCAGCACUUGAGAUCGCCGUCUGCACCCUUGAUCUUCAGUUUGUUAGGAGAAGGCAUGAAGAUUAGCUCUGAAGACAGUAAGCCAGGCUCAGCACCUGGCUCAGCCCCUGGCUCAGCACCUGGCUCAGCACCAUCCUCACCUCCAGGGGAUGAAGCACCAAAGCUGCAAAAGCCGCAUGCUCUUGCCCCUGACUCGUCACCUGAGCCGGAAAACGACCCUUCGCCAGCCCCUGUUGUUGUUGGUGACGUAGACUCUUCUUGCAGCUCUAGCAUGGUUUCUCAGAGUGCUAUGCCUGCAGCAGAGAGUAAUUCAUCGCAGACACACGAGGCACCCUCCGACAAAGUAGCCGCCCAACCCCCUCUCCCUCCUCCCCCGCCACCUCUCCCAAAGUUGCCGUAUUGGACAUCAAGGGCACAGGGUGAUCCUCCUGGAAUGUCUCCCAGGGGCUCUUCCUUGCCUGCGCGACCAGCACCUCCGCCUGCAGCUCCCCCCCCUCCUCCUCCUCCUCCCCCCCCCUCUACCUCUUCGGGGGAUGCCUCACAGAGGGCUCCACCGCCACCACCUCCCCCCCCUCUACCGGAGUUUCGGUUGCCUGGUAGGCCUGGAAUGCCGUCUCCCCAUGCUCGAGGGCUAUCACAUUCCCCGGAGCUACCAUCCCCUCGCCCUGUUGGAAUGCAAGGCCAGCCACCACCUCCACCUCCACCUUGCCCACCUUUCAAACACCCAGGUGCCCCUGCCCCUCCUCCGCCCCCCUCGCCAGCUCCACCACCGCCUCGUCCACCAGGCAUUCCUGGUGCUCCUCCUCCACCUCCUCCUCCACUUCCUCACUUAACUUUUCCUGGGAUGUCGUCGAGGACAGGCAUGGCUCCGCCAGCACGUUCUCCUCCUCCUCCUCCUCCUCCUCCUCCCCCUCCUCCCCCUCCCCCCCCACCUCCAUUUCGUCCAGGUGCGCCAUGCCCUCCUGCACCUCCUCCGCCACCUAGAUUUGGCAACCCUCCUGGCCCUCCACCCCCUCCUGGCCCGCCGCCACCUAUGUUGAGGCCUGGGGCAGGGCCUCCUCCUCCUCCUGGGCAAGGUCGGGGUGUUCCUCCCCCGCCACUAGGACGAGGUGGGCCCCCACCUAUUCCAGGCCAGUCCAAAAGAGCACCCGGAGCUCCUCUUUCUCCCAUGGGAAGAGGCGCGCCUGCUGGUCCUGGAGCAGCACAGGCGAUGGAUCCCCACAACCCAUCUGGCCCCUUACCGGCCUUGGGGUCUGCUGUGCCUGGGCCUCCAAUCUCGGGACCAGGAGGUGGUCAUCGGCAGAGCAAGCCACUGCUGAAGGCUCUUCACUGGCAGAAAGUUUACCGAGUCAUUCAAGGGAGUUUAUGGGAUGCAGCGCAGAAAGAGAAAGAAGACAGCAAUCCCUUACUCGACAUGGAGGAAUUGGAGUCCUUGUUUUCAGCACCGAAUCCUGGUGCUGCGGAAACGAGGAAGGGUGGACGGCGUGCAUCUAUGUCGAGCGCCCAUCCAACGCGGAUAACUCUGAUUGACUUGAGGAGGGCCAACAACUGUGAAAUCAUGUUGACAGGGAUAAAGAUGCCAGUGUCAGAGCUGAUUCGUGCAGUCUUGCAUUUGGACUCGACGAAGCUGGAUUCUGAUCAGGUUGAAAACCUUCUGAAAUUUUGUCCAUCGAAGGAGGAGGCGGACUUGCUCAGACCUUACGAGGGGAAGAAAGACGUGCUUGGAAAGUGUGAACAGUUCUUUCUGGACAUGAUGAGUGUGCCAAGGAUGGAGGCAAAACUCCGAGUGUUUGAUUUCAAGUGCAGGUUCGAGUCCCAGGUCUCGGACCUGAAACGAAACCUCGAUACUGUGAACCUUGCUUCGAGAGAAGUGCGGGAGUCAGUGAAGUUUAGGCGGGUGAUGCAGACCAUCCUUUCCUUAGGAAAUGCGUUGAACCAGGGUACCUCACGGGGCUCUGCCAUUGGGUUUAAGCUGGACAGCUUGCUGAAGCUAACGGACACGAGAGCACGGAACAACAAGAUAACACUCAUGCACUAUCUGUGCAAAGUUUUGGCUCAGAAAAUGCCCGAGCUGUUGGAUUUUCACAAGGACCUUCCACAUUUGGAAGGGGCUUCGAAAAUUCAGCUUAAAGCUCUUGCAGAGGAAAUGGGUUCUGUGAGCAAAGGCCUUGAGAAGGUGGAGCAGGAGUUGACGGCUUCGGAGGGUGACGGUCAGGGGGCACACACCUUCCGCAAAGUUCUGAAGAACUUUCUAGAGUUUGCCGAGGCCGACGUCCGGGCGCUCGCUUCUCAAUACGCGGAAGUGGGACGCAGCGCGGACAAUUUGGCUAAGUACUUUGGGGAGGAUCCAGCUCGCUGUCCAUUUGAGCAAGUGACCAACAUUUUGCAUAACUUCAUUCUCAUGUUUGUGAAAUCCAUUGAUGAAAAUGCGCGGCAGGAGGAGGCAGAGAGGAAAAAGAGGGACAGGGAGAUUGAGAAAUUGCGUAGUCAUACGAACACAGCAGCGGCAGUAAACUCGCCCAGGAGGGUUCCACCCCCAAUGCUCACGAAGAGCAAGUCCUCUCUUUCAGCUUCUUCUGCUGCAAAGCGCGGUAUUUCAUAGUCAGCGCUUUUUGAUUUUCAGUCGUUUCUGACAGUGGUGCUGCUGGUGAUCUGCACCUGCACCUACAUGAAGAUCAACUUCCCCACGAUACUGGAUCACAGGACUGGGUUCCGGGGAUUCUUCUGGAAGGCGGCCAGAAUAGGGGAGAGACUAAGCCCUUGGGUUUCAGCAAGCCUGUUUUUGAUGGGGGUUUGUACUCUCUUUUACUAGAGAGAGAUGUUAUGGACGGCAACAGUGUGUCCGGUUUCCAGCCAGCGGAAAAAAGCCGACGCCCUCUGCCCCUCUCCAAAGGUUAAUUAAGCGAAAAUAAAUAUGGCAAGGCGAAAGCUUUUGAAAGCGGAAAGACGACUCUGUGCGAUGGGGGCAGCACUUCCAAGUCGCGGUGUCAUCUUCUUCUUCUUCUGGAUAUUCGAGGGCAAUGAGAAUUGUUUUUCUUCUUUCAAUGGCCCAGGUUCUCGUCUUGUCCUUUGAACCUUUGGAUCGUCGUCUCUUUUGGGUGUUUUUUUUUCCUUUUCAAUGGACCAGAUUUGACCAGCCAGACCAGUUGUUAUUUGUCGGGGAUCGUCUCUUCUGCCAGAGUUUUUUUUUUUUUUUUUUUUUUUUUUUUUGCCAGAGUUUUUUGCACAACGGAUUUGACUGGUUGAUUGAUUUGCUCUCUGCGCCCCUUCCUGCCUCCACCUGCACCCCUCCCCCUAAAAAAAGAAAAAAAGAAAAAAAACAUGAGCUGCCAAGUUGAGCAGCUUUUAGAGUUUCCAGUCCUUUUUUUUUUUUUUUGUUUCCCAUUUUCCUUUUUCCUCCCUUUUUCCUUUCUUUUAAAGAAAGGUCGACGGCCGCGAGAGUUAUAUCAUCGUCAAACUGACGGGCCGUGCCGUCGGGCCCGAAGUUAUUCAGAAAUUAAUUCAUCUAGUUCCACCUGGAUUCGAACUCAGGUCUACCGUCUACUAUUUCAAAAGAUCAGGCGUGCUACCAACU